GCGUCCUUCUCAAUGGCAGGAGCAAGAUCGGCGGCGCGGUCGUCCUUGCGGAGCCGGGCGGAGCAGCGAAGGCGGCGGGCGCCGACGGCCUGAGCGGCAACAGCACCGGGCGACUGUCGCUGCUCGGGCGGCCGGGCAACCCGGGACGGAUCUAGCGGAACGGCCCUCUCCCCGCGGGUCCCUGCGGCCGCCUCUCCCCUCUGGCGCUUGCCUCUCCGCCCCUUCAUCUCCCCCUCCGGCUUCCUCAUCCAGCGGCGGUGGAGGAGCCCCCAGCGACGCGACUGGUGGGGCACAGGGGUAGGCCAGCGAGGUCCCCGGCAAGGGCACGCAGCGGCGGCGGUCGAGGACGUCCCCGGUGAUGCGGUCGACAAGCUCCCCGAGCUCACGUGGCGGCGCGGUGCCUUCUCUCUUUCCUCCGUCUCCCUUCCCCCUCUCUGUUCACAAGUGGCACGGAGGGGGUGUAAGCCCACUUCUGCGAGGAACUGGUGGCAAAGUUUGCCUCCCUGUUCCUCUGUUGGUCACAGCAGAUGCUGAGAUGGCGUGGAAUCUCCUACUUGGAUUGGUGAGGCUGAAGUGAACCGUAGAAUGAUUCCUUCCCCGUUGGAUGGUUUCUGGACAUGAGUGAGGACCACCACCAACUUCUCGCCACCCCGUCACGACGAAGACGUUUGCUCCGCGGCACACCCCGCGACUUUGCGUCCGCAACCGGCAAAUUCGCCUGCGAUCCGGGCCCGAGAACCCCCCGAAUUGAAACGCCCACCGAAACACGAAGCCCUUCCUUCCUAACGUAUCGCCCACAUUCCUCCACGUCUCCCGCACCGCCCUUUAUUUCCCUUCUCGAUUCUCAUCUCUAUCCAUAGUUCCAUACCCUCCCCGUUGCCUCGCCUAAACCCAUCACCCCACGCCACCACCUCGCCACCGCCGCCGCCGCCGCCGCCGACGAAGACGACGAUGAAGGUGGUGCGGAACCUCGACCUGGAGCGGUACAUGGGGCGGUGGUACGAGAUCGCGUGCUUCCCGUCGCGGUUCCAGCCCAGGGACGGCACCAACACGCGCGCCACCUACACGCUCGCCGGCGACGGCGCCGUGAAGGUGCUCAACGAGACGUGGACCGACGGCCGCCGCGGCCACAUCGAGGGCACCGCCUACCGCGCCGACCCGGUCAGCGACGAGGCCAAGCUCAAGGUCAAGUUCUACGUGCCCCCGUUCCUCCCCAUCUUCCCCGUCGUCGGCGACUACUGGGUGCUCCACGUCGACGACGCCUACUCCUACGCGCUCGUCGGCCAGCCCUCCCUCAACUACCUCUGGAUCUUGUGCAGGCAGCCGCACAUGGACGAGGAGGUGUACGGCCAGCUGGUGGAGAGGGCCAAGGAGGAGGGGUACGACGUGAGCAAGCUGAAGAAGACGGCGCACCCGGACCCGCCGCCGGAGACCGAGCAGAGCGCCGGCGACCGCGGGGUGUGGUGGAUCAAGUCCCUCUUCGGCAGGUAGGUAGGUGGUCGUGCCAGCUGCCAUGCCGUCCAGACUCCAGAGCUUGAUGCCACCAUGAUCGUGUACAUUAUUAUUGCUUCAGUUCAAAGGCUAGUUGGUGAAUUCUGUUCAACUCGUCGGCCUCGGGGAAUCCCCCAAGCUGUGAACCUGUUCGUUUUCUGGAUUAGUGUUUAAUGUGUCCGUUUUGUGAUGAAUUGUGGAUAUCUGCAAAGACUAUUGUGAGUUCAGCGUGAUUGUACUUAGGGUGUGUUUGGUUGCAAGCCACACUUUGCCACAGUUUGCCACGCCUAAGGUUAGGCAAAUUUGACAGGUGUUUGUUUGUAGCCACAGUUGUGGCAAGAUUCCCCUCCAACAAAUUGGGUCCCACGUGUCAAUGGCUCAAAAAAGUGUGGCAAGAUUCUCUUAGGCUUAGUAAGUUGUGGCUAACAAUUUGACCACCUCACCUUAGGCAAAGUGUGGUAAUUUUUGUUGGCAAGUAAUGGUAAAGUGUGGCUGGGAACCAAA